GUCACUAUAACACGAGGGCGUGGGCCCGAGGGCGCAGUGCCUGAGCCACUCGUGUCCACAGGGAGCGCCAGCCCUUUCUCCGGACUCGGCCGCAGGGAACGCCCGCCACCAUGUCUGACGAGGAAGUUGACCAGGCAGAGGAGCAGUACGAGGAGGAAGAGGAGGCCCAGGAGGAAGAAGUCCAUGAGGAAGCCCACCCAGCUCACGAACCAGAGGAGGUCCAAGAAGAGGAGAAACCCAGACCCAAACUCACGGCUCCCAAGAUCCCGGAAGGGGAGAAGGUAGACUUCGAUGACAUCCAGAAGAAGCGCCAGAACAAGGACCUCAUGGAGCUGCAGGCCCUCAUCGACAGCCACUUCGAGGCGCGCAAGAAGGAGGAGGAGGAGCUGAUCGCGCUGAAGGAGAGGAUCGAGAAGCGCCGCGCGGAGAGGGCGGAGCAGCAGCGGAUCCGCGCGGAGAAGGAGAGGGAGCGCCAGAACCGGCUGGCGGAGGAGAAGGCCCGGAGGGAGGAGGAGGACGCCAAGAGGAGGGCGGAGGACGACCUCAAGAAGAAGAAGGCCUUGUCCUCCAUGGGCGCCAACUACAGCAGCUACCUGGCCAAGGCCGACCAGAAGAGAGGCAAGAAGCAGACGGCCCGGGAGAUGAAGAAGAAGAUCCUGGCGGAGCGGCGCAAGCCCCUCAACAUCGACCACCUCAGCGACGACAAGCUGAGGGAGAAGGCCAAGGAGCUCUGGGAAACCCUGUACCAGCUGGAGACCGACAAGUACGAGUUUGCGGAGAAGCUGAAGCGCCAGAAAUACGACAUCACCAACCUCCGGAGCCGCAUCGACCAGGCCCAGAAGCACAGCAAGAAGGCCGGGGCCACGGCCAAGGGCAAGGUCGGCGGGCGCUGGAAGUAGAGCGGCCAGUGGGGACCCCGAGGCAGAGACCGGCGCGGGGGCCGCCCCCACGCUGGGCCCCGGCCCCCAGGUCUGGGGGUGGGGGGCCCGCUCCCGAGAACCCCCCUGUCUCUGUCCUUACCGCCCCACCCCGGGGUCUGUGAAUAAAGCCGUCAGACCCCCCUCCA